AUGUGGAGAUCCGUUUUCUGGAGAUCGCAAAAUGCGUCUCGUAAUUUCGCCGUUACUCGAAUCUCGAAGAAGAAGACCCAGCCUCCAUCGCUAACCUCACUUUCCAGAGUCUCACACGUCGAGUCAUCAGGAAAUGCUUCUGCCCGAAACCUGAGGUUCUUCUCCACGAGCCAUACGGAAGAGAACACAGUCUCGUUACCCACGGAUGAGAUCCCAAUCUCUUCAGCGGCGGAGCUUACCCUUGAAGAAUCAAAUGCUUCCGAUUUGGGUUUUUCCGAAAGUGGCGAUUUUGGUGUAAACGGUACUUCCGCAGAAACAAUUGGUGGUGUUGGUGAAGAUGGAGAUUCAGCUACUGUUACAAUGGAAGCUUCUGAUGGUGGAUCCGUCGUAGAAGUCGGGGAUCCUCGAGCUGACGAGGUAACUCAAUUUGACGACGAAAAGUUGGAAUCUGUGCUAUCUUUGUUACGAAGUGACGAAGAGUCCUUGGAGUUUGGUUUGAAGGCGCUCGAUAUCGAUUUACACUUAGAUCUUGUGGUCAGAGUGUUUGAAUCCCCAGGGAUUUCAGGUAAGAAUCUGAUUAGGUUCUUGAAGUGGGCAACUAAGAAAGAGGAGAUUACUCUUACCGCAUCACUUGUAGAAUCUCUUGUCGUGGCAAUUUCUGGCGAUACACGUAGAUUAGAUGCUUAUGCUUUGUGGGAUUUGUUUAAGGAGAUUGGUGAGGAUGAGAAGAGUAGUGUUUUGAAUUUGGAGAUACUGAACGAAUUGAUCGCCUUGUUCGGGAAGAUUGGUAAAUCCAAAGCUGCUUUCGAUGUGUUCAGUAAAACCGAAGAGUUUGGGUUUACUCCCAACGCGAAAACUUAUUAUGUGACCUUGGAGGCGCUUUGUAAGCGGUCGUUUAUGGAAUGGGCAUGCUCUGUGUGCGAGAAGAUGCUUAAGAGUGGUGUGUUACCAGAGGGAGACCAGAUUGGUAACAUCAUAACCUGGUUUUGUAAGGAAGGGAAGGCCGAAGAGGCUUACUCGGUCUACGAACUGGCAAAGGCUAAAGAGAAAUCCCCGCCUCCUAAAGCUGUUACUACUCUGAUAAGUGCGCUCUGCAAGAAUGAUGGGACUGUCGCGUUUGCUCAGGAGAUGUUGAGUGAUUUAUCUGGAGAAGCUAGGCGACAUGGGAUCAAACCGUUUUCUGACGUUAUCCGUAGUUUAUGCAGGAUGAAGAAUGUUAAAGACGCUAAAGCUUUGCUUUUGGAUAUGAUUUCUGAAGGCCCUGCUCCUGGGAAUGCGGUUUUCAAUCUGAUUGUCCAUGCUUGUUCGAGAAGUGGAGAUCUUGAUGAAGCAAAAGAGGUUUUGAAGUUGAUGGAGAGUAGAGGUUUGAGACCAGACGUGUACACAUACACCGUCAUCAUUAGCGGUUAUGCUAAAGGAGGGCUGAUGAAGGAAGCUCAAGAGAUUCUAGCAGAAGCGAAGAAGAAACAUAAGAAGCUUAGUCCUGUGACAUAUCACGCACUCAUCAGAGGCUACUGCAAGAUUGAAGAAUACGAAGAAGCUCUUACACUUUUGAAUGAAAUGGAUCGUUUCGGUGUGAAGCCUAAUGCCGACGAGUACAGUAAGCUGAUACAAUCAUUCUGCCUCAAAGCCUUGGAUUGGGAAAAAGCAGAGAUGCUGUAUGACGAGAUGAAGCACAAGGGCUUGCACCUCAAUGCGAUUACUCAGGGGCUGAUAAGGGCAGUUAAAGAGAUGCAUUCUGAUGCCAAGGUAACCGAAGAUGUUGCUGCAGCAUAG